AUGGCCUUUGGCUGCAGUUUAGUUUUCAUUAAACAUCCAAAAAGUAAACAUGUAGAGAUGAUUUCUGCUUUCAUAAAAAGGGGCCAUCUUGCUCUACAUCAGAAAAUCCACACUGACAAGAAACCUCAUGAAUGUAAACAGUGUGGAAAGGCUUUCAAACAGAGGAAUUGUCUUGUUGCACAUCAGAGAAUCCACACUGAAGAGAAACCUUAUGACUGUGGACUCUGUGGAAAGGCUUUCACAAAAAGGGACUAUCUUUCUCAACAUUAUAAAAUCCACACUGGAGAGAAACCUUAUAAAUGUAAACAGUGUGGAAAGGCUUUCACACAGAGGAAUUGUCUUGUUGCACACCUGAGAAUCCACACUGGAGAGAAACCUUAUGAAUGUAAACAGUGUGGAAAGGCUUUUACAUUGAGGGGAUCUCUUGCUGCACAUCAGAGAAUCCACACUGGAGAGAAACCUUAUGAAUGUCAACAGUGUGGAAAGGCUUUCACACAGAGAGGCUCUCUCACUGCACAUCAGAUCAUUCACACUGGAGAGAAACCUUAUGAAUGCAAACAGUGUGGAAAGGCUUUCACAGAGAAGGGCCAUCUUGCUAAACAUCAGAGCAUUCAUGAUGGAGAGAAACCUUAUGAAUGUACACAGUGUGGAAAGGCUUUCACACAAAGGGCCCAUCUUGCUGCACAUCAGAGAAUCCACACUGGAGAGAAACCUUAUGAAUGUAAACAGUGUGGAAAGGCUUUCACACAAAGGGGCAAUCUUGCUACACAUCAGAGAAUCCACACUGGAGAGAAACCUCAUGAAUGUAAACAGUGCGGAAAGGCUUUCACAGAGAGGGGCCAUCUUGCUGUACAUCAGAGAAUCCACACUAGAGAGAAACCUUAUGAAUGUCAACAGUGUGGAAAGGCUUUUGCACAGAGAGGCUCUCUUGCAGCACAUCAGAAAAUCCACACUGGAGAGAAACCUUAUGAAUGUGAAUACUGUGGAAAGGCUUUCACACAGAGGAGCCAUCUUGCUGUACAUCAGAGAAUUCACACUGAAGAGAAACCUUAUGAAUGUAAACGGUGUGGAAAGGCUUUCACAGAGACGGGAUCUCUCACUAGACAUCAGAAAAUCCACACUAGAGAGAAACCUUUUGAUGAGGUUCCCCGGUGGAGGACUCCAGUUACUGGACCUCUCUCCUCCCGGCUCCUCCCCACCGUGGCAGCCUCUGGACGUGAUGGGAACUCAUGUGGGCUGUCUCGGGUCCUGAAGGGCGCAAAGCUGUGCUUCUUGGACCUUUGCUUGAAAAGACGGGGAGGGGAGGGAGUCAGCGGUGCUGGUGGUGGUGUUGGGCGCCGGGACACCCUGCUCCGGCAGCUGAGCCUUGCUGCUCCCUAA